CUGCGUGGCCUCUCCUGUGCCACAUCACUGGUGGACGGUUAAACUCCUCCCGUGUGGCUCGAAUCCGGAAACUACAUCGGCGAAGAGACUGAGUUCUUCUCUCUGUGUGUGUAGACUCUGCUCCUCCUGCCAUGAUUCUUGAUGACACACCCUUGUUUGAUCCCAUCAUGUUAAGUGACCUGGACUGGAGCCAGAAUAUGGUGAAAUUCUCUCCUGAAAUUUCCCCUUUGAACCCUGGGGAUGGACUAGUUAUGAGGCCUCUCUGUACUGCUGACUUCAACAGAGGUCUUUUUAAGGUACUCGCACAGUUAACAAAAGUGGACCAAGUUGCGCCUGAAAUAUUUUUAAACAAGUUUGAGCACAUGAAGCAAACUGGAGAUUAUUAUGCCAUUGUUGUUGAAGACACUCACCUUGGACAGGUCAUUGCUACAGCUACCCUAAUAAUCGAACAUAAAUUUAUACAUGCUUGUGCAAAGCGAGGGAGAAUAGAAGAGGUUGUCGUAAGUGAUGAAUGCAGAGGAAAACAACUUGGGAAACUGUUAGUUGCAGCCCUCACACUUCUCAGCAAGAAACUCAACUGUUACAAAAUUACAUUAGAGUGCCAACCAAAGAAUGAAGCCUUCUAUCAAAAAUUUGGAUAUAAAACUACAGAAGAACUGUACAUGCAGUGCAGAUUUUUUGACUGAAAUUUGCUAAAAAGAUGUUGGAGAUCUGGUUAUAAACUGCUAUCCUGACCUAUUACUGCAAGGUUACAUAUAAUAUAUUCUGGUAUGAACGGCAAUUUUUUCUGCCUUUCUUAUCCUUUCUUAGUGUUAAUGAGACGUAGUUGAAAUGUGAAUGUUUUAUUCUCAGACUGAGCAGUCUUGUGGGUGAUGGGAAAACCGCAGCAUAAUUCACUUGAAGUUAUUAAACUUUAGCUUGAUAGCAAUCUGAAGCACUACACCUGUGAAGGAAUAUUGCUUUACUUAGAAACUGGAGAUGGAGAUAAUUUUACCAAAGGAUUUUUGCCUGUCUGGCUCCAAAACCUUUGUCUUGGAUUUAUCUAGAACUUGGAGCAGAACAUUUCUAUGCAUUAAUUUCUGAUCUUAAGAAACUUAACUGGUAAUUCUGCCUGCCAUAUUGAAAUAAUUAUGCAAUUCUACAGUCACUUUUGUAUUACUUGGAAGCAAUUCCACUUUCAUAAAUACAAAACUUGCAGGAAACUUUGGACCAGAGACCUGAUCAGUCCGAAAUAUAAGUGUCAGUAUCUUGGGUUGACAGUGCAUGGACGUUAUGGGCACUUUCCAAGUUGAAGUGGAAAUAUUAAAAAGGCUUUGUGUGAGUGUUCCAAUUGCUUUUAGAAAAAAGUAGAAAAAAGUUGUUGCAGAGUUUUGUGCAUAUGUGAAGCCAUGCCUUUGUGGACCUUUCUUGCAGGGACAGGAGUAUAUAUUCACAGCCUCAAACAAUCCACCAAUGUUCUCUGCUGCUGGACUGAGGUAGCUUGAUAUGUAACUAAAUCCAGGCAUUACGACUCUAGAUCAAAUGUGACUUUGCCAACAUAAUCAUAUUGUUUAAUUCAUCUUGCAAAUUAAAUUUGAUUAUUCUAAAGUACACAUUUUAUUUAAUUUACUGAAUAUCUCAAUGUUUGUGUUUAAAUGUAUGGAAAUGAAGCUAAACUGCUAGCUCUGUUUGCAGAAGAGUCCUAUAACUAGAUGUUACCCAAAAGAAUUCAUUUUAUCUCCAAUUUUAGUUUACUUGAUUAGCAUUGCAGAUACAAAAACUAAUUCCUCCCUAAUGAUAUGAAUCUACUGUUUUCAGCCAGUUUGUGGGAGUAACAACACUUGUGUGCUAUACAUAAUGGCAGCUGUUUUGUUUGUUGACAUUUUUAUUUUUGUCUGUGGAGUUGUAACAAUGUUAAAAUUAAUCUAUGACUUAGUAAAAUUAGUAUUUGAGAUGGCUCAAUAAAUUUAAAUAUAGUAUUCCAAUUGGAUUUUGACUAGUCACAUCUGGAGGGGCAACAUUCAUUAACAAAUGUAAGUUUUGAAAAUUGUUUUUUUCUAUAUAUAUUGUACAAAUUCAAAAUGGUUUGGGGAAAUGAACAAGAACAAAAUAUAAAUGUAACAAGUCAUAUGAAAGUACUGAAGUAAAAAUUGGAACAGGAGAUUUGGCUACAUAUUAUAUAGUUUUUAGCUUGUCAGAGAAAGCACCAUUCCUAUGGGAAAAGGUAAAUUCUUGUGCAAAAGGGUGCAGUUAUAGUAAAAUUUAAUAUUCUGAAGAAAUUUGCUUUACAAAAGAUUGUAUAUUUUCACCAUUAAUUUUUAAGAGUUUUGUCUAAAAUAUUAAUCUUUAGUUUUAUACUACUGCAUCAGAGCUAAUAUUUGUAGAAACUUGGGUUUACUAUUGAUGUGGGCAUGCUUUAUCUACUAUAUGGGUGUUGAGAAAUGCUGUAAAGAAUUGCUAUAUACUAAUUUUGUCAGUUUGUAGUUUAGGCACUAUUAUUUAUGGGACCAAGAUGGCAAAGGUCUACAUUUAAGUUCAACAUUAAAUGUCACCUUCAGUUUACUGUACUGUUUACUUUCUCAAAAAUUUCAUAUGACAUCCAUCUUUGGGUCCAAAAAUUACAUUUGUAGUAUAUGCUUUUAAAAAAGAAACUACAUGAACCAUACAAGAAAGAAUGUUGUGCUUUUUGGAAUUAUGGCUGCGUUUACGUACAGUUUUUGGUCUGGAGAUUAUUUUUUGUUACCCAAAUUAAUAUUUUUUUCUGUAAUUUUAUUUAGUAUUGAGUUAAUGCAUUUAUGUAUUUAUUUAUAUCAUUUUGUGCAAAGGGCAAAUAAAAUAUCAAUCUCUUGAA